AUGGUUUUCCAUUAUAGGUCUAUAUUAAAGUAUCAAGUAUUUAGAGCCUAUUUCCAUAGACAGUACGAGCAGGUUAGGAUUCAUACAGGGGGGAGUCAAUUGCUAACAUGCGACUGCCAAAAUUAUUCGAGCAGGUUAAAUCAGAGUUUACCAAAUGAAUUCAAAUUGGACGUAGAUUCGCCAUUACCAAGUAAGGUCCCCAGUUAUAAGAAACAUGCAUUGGUACUAUCACUACAGAAUAAGAGCGCUGACGAAUUGGAGUGGAUGACAAAUUGGCAGAGUAAAUUGGAACUAAAUCCAAUGUGGCCAUAUUCUAUCAUUGGAGAUUUGAAGACGCAUUUAAAGCAUACAAAAUUUGGUUCGGACGUGUUGGUUAAUGCGAUUUCCAUACAUUCUGGUAAUUUAUCUGCACCCAGUAGAGAUCCUCAUGAAAGAGCCCACAUAUUUGUCAUACCUGACAUGAAGCUCUACAAAAUAUCUCCACAAGACGUAGUUAGUUUUGCACAUUUCUUAGGUGGUGGUCAUACUAGACAAGUAGCUGAUCAUCAAUUAUCUUUUGCAGAUUUCCUAAAAGGUGCCGAUAAUGUGGUGAAUAAAACUGAGCUGGUUUCUGAACCAUCCAAUGCUGACCAUGCUUUCCCCCACGAAGAUUGCAAGCGGGAUUGGAUUCUGGUAUGUGGACACAACCAGCGAGACCGAAGAUGUGGUAUACUGGGUAAAGAGUUAAUAAAUGAGAUAUCUGCGAAGGGUUUAGACAAGGAUAAAAAUGUUGCACUUAUAUCUCACGUAGGUGGUCAUAAAUUUGCUGGAAACCUUAUAUUAUACAAUUAUGUGGGUACCAAUGAAAAAACUGGCGAAAAUCAGUUGGACAGUUUAUGGUUUUCCAGGGUUUUACCGCCAAAUUUGGGUACACUGCUUGAACAUGUAGAUGCCAAAAAAAUUCCACAAGAGUACUACCGUGGGGGAACAUCUAUGAAUUGA